UGGUAUUGGCCUUCCUCCAAACUCUCCACUAACCUCAAAUAUUUCUGAACUGAUAAGCCAGUAUAAGUCCCACGGCUUCAUGGAUGUCUUGCAUGACAAGUGGUACAAGGUUGUACCGUGUGGGAAAAGAAGCUUUGCUGUGACAGAGACACUGCAGAUGGGCAUCAAGCACUUUUCUGGACUCUUUGUGAUGCUAUGCAUUGGGUUUGGCUUGUCAAUUCUCACUACUAUUGGAGAGCACAUCGUGUACAGGCUGGUGAUCCCACGAAUCAAAAAGAAAUCCAAGCUGAGAUACUGGCUUCAUACAAGUCAGAGAUUGCACCGUGCUCUAAAUAGUUCAUUUAUUGAAGACAAACACCAGCCUAAAGCAAAGCGAGUUGAAAAGAGGUCCAACGCAGGGAACAGCCAGCAUUCAGUCUGGAACACAGCCAGCCCAAGCAACUGCCUUCGGAAGAAAUACAUCUGCAGUGAAGAGAGCCAAAACGAAGUGGUGCUUAAGCAGCAACAGUCGCCACAACAGCAGCAGCAGCAAGACAUCCCUCUCCCCCUCCUGACGAGAGACUCCCCAGCAUCGCUGACCACAAACGGGAAAGCGGACUCCCUCAACGUGGCCAGGACCUCUGUGAUCCAAGAGCUCUCUGAGCUGGAGAAGCAGAUUCAGGUUAUCAAGCAGGAACUGCAGUUGGCCAUGAGCAGGAAACUGGAGCUGGAAGAGUUUCAGAGGACAAACAGGACUGCGGAGCCCUAAGUGGCUGGGCUCCGGCCCUCACAAGCCCUCUCUUCCCUGUAACUAUUCAUAAUGCACUUUUCUUUCUUUCUCUCUCUUUUUUUUGUAAUGCCAGAAAGCAGCACCGGAAUCAACAAGCAAUACGGCUGCUUCCUGCAAAACCAGCAUUUUUUUGCAGAAGGCGCCAGCACCCUUGGUUCCCUCUUCCGGGAACAUUUCAAAGAGGCAACGGCUCCGUGGGAAAACUUCGCCCUCCAUCUGAAGAAGGGUUGACCCUCAGGCUGCAGGAAAUGCUUCCAAGCCUCUGGGGGACUCUUCCAAGCAUCCAGAACACACAGCUCCCUGGUUUUCUUCUUGCCACGCUCUCAAAUGGAAUCCCCACUUUUUAGCCCUUUCUGUGCUUUUUAUUUUAUUUUUUGAAAGACUUAAAAUGAUGAUUCAGAUUUGUGCGUCCUAGUGGUGCUUUGUUUGGAGUUUGCUAGUGGAAUUUGUUACGGCC